UGUUUUAUCGAAUUUCUCUCCGUGCAUUGAUAUUUCGGUUUGGGCCCGCUUUUGUGUGCCUUUGGUUUAUUGCGCUCUUUGUCUAGCACUGACUUUGGCUCACACACACCACGGCCAACAGGAAGAACUCACACACACGCACACACACACACGCACGCAGAGCGAGGCCAAUUUCCAAUCACAUCCAUGAAAUAAGCAAAUAGUUGGUUCUGUCCGAUUCGGCUAUUUCUUCUUUCUUUUCUUUUCUUUACCACGGUCUUUUCCCGUUUCCAGCCAGCGAUUUCCUUCUUAAGCUAACUGCUUUCGGCACCAGCCGACAUUUACCAGCGCUAACUUGGCCAGAACAGAAGCUCGGCGGAUCUAAAACUUCCAAUUACCAAUUCCAAUUUCGGGAUCCAAGGAUUAACACACAAGUCGCUGCCUCCAAAUCUGUAUCUGUAUCCGUAUCUGCUUGUUUAAGUGUGAGUGUACCUGGAAGAGGAAACUGGAACUGGAAUCGUUGACGUUCUGGAAGCAGCGAGUCUGAUCGUUGUUGUUCUUGGCUUCUUCGGCUUCUUGGCUUCCCAUUCCAUUCCAUUCCCGAUUCCCGACUUCUUGGCGGACAUUCGCGGCUGCGUGAUAUUGGCCUGAUCAGUUGAGCGAUCAGUCGACGACGAAGGCUUGCAGUGAACGCGACGUGAAGUGCUGAACUCCAAACUCCAAACUCCAGACUCUCUUUUAGAGCCACCUCGAACGCGCGAAUCCCAUUCGUAUUCCCCGAUCGUCGCCAGUGGCAAUCAGAAAGUGCUCCGCGCUCCCAACAAUCGAACAAACCGAAGGAAAGAUGGCCAAAAUCGUUCUCUUCUGCCUGCUGAGCCUCUUGGCAUGCGCUGCAGGUCAACGCAUCACGACGAUCCACCUGGACGGAGUGCAGUACUUCAUCAGCCGAAUGAAUCCCUAUUCCCCGGAGCUCAACUACUUCCUGGCCUACCAGUACUGCCGUUCCCUGGGCCUGCAACUGGCCUCCUUUGAGACGAAGGAGAAGGCCGAGUCGAUGACCACGUAUCUGAAGAACGCCGGUUACGGCAACUACGAUUUCUGGACCUCCGGCAAUCGCCUGGGCACGGGCAUGUUCCUAUGGAUGAGCACUGGUCUGCCGUUCAACGCCACCUUCGACUUCUUCGAGAACUCGGCGGACGCCAUUCAGGCCGGUCUGCUCGAUCCCGUCGAUCAUAAUAGCAACACCUCUCCCCAGCGCACCGCUCGCGACAGCAGUGGCGCCGAGAAGGGAUGCGUGAUCCUGAAGCAGCCCACGCUCAAGUGGAUGCCCGAGGACUGCUCGGCCGUGAAGGACUUCAUCUGCGAGCAGACCCGCUGCUACUACUACAACUACGGCAGCAUCCCCGUCUCGUCGGCGCAGGGACGUCCCAUCACCUCCACCACCCCAAGGACCCCCGCCUCCCUGAUGAACCUGCAUGUGGCCGCCACCACCACGCCACUGCCCCUGCUGAUGUCCACCAGUGGCGCCAUGUACACCGCCGCCAAGGCCAAGUCCUCGCCAGCCGUGGGCCACCGCCUGAUCGAUGACUCCAGCUCCCAGCAGCAGCCAUCCUUCAUGUCCUUCAAGCUGAACCACGACCGCUCGCUGCCCGACACCGAUGCCGCCGAUGUGGACGUGGAGGACCAGGAGGCGGAUGUGGAGGCCGAGGAGCACGACGACCACGAGGCGGAGGGCGAGGGCGAGGAGGAGCACGAGGGCGACAACUUUGGAGACCAUGCCCGCGAGUUGGGCAACGACAGCGAUGGCGACAUCAAGGAGCACGUGUUCCCCCUGAGCGACAACGAACUGCACCCCGAGAUGCACUCCAUUGAGGAGGUGCAGCAGCAGUUGCAGCACCAGGAUCAUGAUUCGGGUGCGGAUACGGAUUCGGAUUCGGAUGUCGCACCAGCUGCUCCGGCGGCGGAGGAAAACGAGAGUUCGCAGCACGACUCGGAGGCGGAUGGGGAGCACGAGCUGGAGGCUGAGGGCGAAACCGAGGCGGAGAACGAGUCGCAGGUGGCUCCCGUUGAGGCCAGCGAACCACUGCCCCUGCCACUGGCCCUGCCCAGCUCCACCGAAUCCCCGGCUGCCGCCAUCGAGGAGCGCAUCAAGCAGAUCGCCCAGGACUUCCAGAAGAUGGCCAGCUCCCAGGAGCUGCAGCCCAAGGAGGAGCUGACCCCGCAAUCCUCCCUGUCGCUCAACGAUCUGAUACGGACCCUGCGGCCCAACGAGCAGCAGAUCAUCCCGCAGAUCGACUCGGACUACUCCAAUGCCAUGCGUGUCCUGGGCAAGCCACUGGCGGCCAACAACUAGGCAUGUCCUCGCGGACACUAGCCACUAGCCUAAGAUGUGUGUGUGUUUGGGUCUGGGGGUCUUCCCACGGGGACCACCGGGUUCCACUGAGGAAUGGCCAUUUUCGAGAGCCGGCCGGACAUGUCCGAAAAUGACGCUUCUCUCUGAGGACCUGGUGGCCACCGGAUGACCCCGCUGAAAUUAACGAUCCAGCGAGAGAUUAACGGAGCUAAGACAUUAAUCUAUAUAUAAUUAUAUAUGUAUUGUAUGCUUUAAUUGUAUGACAACCACCACAAAAAAGGAAACUCUUGAUUAAUAAACGUAAUAAGUAAAUAAAUUGGUAGUAUUUAACAAUG